GAAAUCGGAAUCGAAAUCGAAAUUCGACGUGAGCGAGAGACAACGGCGACUGAUCGAAAAGAAUCCCCGCGCGCAGUGAAAUUCGUGGGAACGUUGCGCAGGUGUUUCGAUCAGCGGCAGCCGAAAAAACAAUAACAAAAAAUAAACAAAAACAACAACAACAACGUUAACAAAUGCAAUUUGGAAUUUGCAAUUGGCAACUAACUAGAACGAAAAGUGAUACAAAACAUAAAUAGAGUGCGAAUAAGCGUAUAAAGCGUAUGGCCGAAGCGAUUAGCACAGCAGCCAGCAGCAUGGAGCUGGCGCUGAAGGAUACAAAUGUGGGUGGCCUGAUCGUGGACAUGACCCCGUCGACGGCUGCGCUGCUGCACCACAAUGCGCUGGCGCUGCGCAGCCUGAAGGAGGCGGCAGCCGCCGCGAGCGCAUCGGAAUCCGAGCAGCCGGAGCCGCGUUCGCUGGCAACGACGCCGACGCCGAUGCCGACGCCAACGAAUCUCAGCACUGGGCCGCACUCGCCGCCAAUGACAUUCCGCUGCGAGCGCUGCGACAACUUCGAGACGAGCUCGCGGGCGACGCUCCUGCUGCACGUGGUCCAGUGCCUGGCCGGGCAGGCGGCGGCUGCGGCCGCGGUGGCGGUGCGUCUGAAGAGCGAGGGCCACGAGGAGCCCGAGAACAUGAGCGUCAGUCACAUGGACAGCUGCAAACAGGAACCGGCUGCAGAUGCAGUCGGCGGCUCCAGUUCAUCAGCCAGCUCUUCGCCAGCGGGCAAUGGGAAUGGCAAUGGGAAUGGGAAUGGGAGCGGCAGCGGGAACGCCUCCCGCAAGGUGUUCGAGUGCGAUGUGUGCAACAUGAAGUUCUCGAAUGGGGCGAAUAUGCGGCGCCACAAGAUGCGGCACACGGGCGUGAAGCCGUACGAGUGCCGCGUCUGCCAGAAGCGCUUCUUCCGCAAGGAUCAUCUCGCCGAGCACUUUACGACGCACACGAAGACGCUGCCCUAUCAUUGCCCCAUCUGCAAUCGCGGCUUCCAGCGCCAGAUUGCGAUGCGUGCGCACUUCCAGAACGAGCACGUCGGCCAGCAUGAUCUGGUCAAGACGUGUCCGCUGUGCAGCUAUCGCGCCGGCUCCAUGAAAUCGCUGCGCAUCCAUUUCUUCAAUAGGCACGGCAUCGAUCUGGACAAUCCGGGCCCGGGCGGCACCUCCUCCCUGCUGCUCGCCCUCGAAUCGCAGGCAUCUGCCGCCGCAGCCGCCGCAGCAGCAGCAGCUGCCGCCAGCUACUCACAGCCGCAGCUCAAUGCGAUGGGGCAGCAGUCGGUGGCGCCGCCGCCGCCGCCUCCUUCUGCGGCCACGCCCUCGGCGCCGGCGAGUCAUCAGAGCGACAGCGGCGAAUCGAUGCGCUCCUUGGAGAAUGCGACGCCUCCGAUGCACUUCCUCACGCCGCACGUCGAGAUCUCAACGCUCAGCGAGAGCGGCAACACGGAGCUGUUCAAUGGCAACAACAACAACAACAACAACAAUUGCAGCAGCAACAGCAACAACAACAACACGGAGCUGGAGUCCAACGAGCAGCUGAAGGAGCACCCGCUGCUGCUGGCCCCCCAGGAUCUGCCCAUGGACUGCAAGGCCACGCCCAUCACAUCCAGCACGACGGCGAGUCUGAGCAGCAGCAAGAACCACCAUUCCCAUGCCCAUCAUCAUCCCCAUCAUCCACAUCAUCAUCCACAUCAUCAUCAUGAGAAUCACAUAACGCCUUCGAUUAGCCUAAUACCCAUCAAGCAGGAGCCGCUGCUGGAGGAUGCCGACAAGAAGGACUCGCUCAAUGGCAGCGCCGCCUGCGAUGCCAACAGCGAUACGGAAAUCGCUGCCAACAACAACAACAACAACAGCAACAACAGCAACAACAACAACAACAACAACAACAACAGAAUCACCUCACUGAUUAAGGUCUCGCCCCUCAAAUCGCUGCUGCGUGAGGACCUGAAGCGACGUAUCUGCGCAAAGGCGAACAAUCGGAUCACGCGGAAUGCGACGCCGCUGGAGCACGAGCUGCAGAGUCUGCCGCAGACGAUGUUGAACGGCGGCGGGGCAAGUGGCGCCGCCGGCGGCGGCACGGGCGCCACCACGCCCACAACGCCAGCGGGCGGCAGUCACAAUGGUAACAGCUCCGCGACGCCCAUCUGCAACGGAACGAUCACGUCGACGGGACAGGAGAGCGAGCUGCAGCUGAACCGCAAGCAGAUACUCACGUGCCAUUUCUGCGGCAUCGAGUUCCCCGACGAGACGCUCUACUUUCUGCACAAGGGCUGCCACUGCGAGAGCAAUCCGUGGAAGUGCAACAUCUGCGGCGAGCAGCUGAACAACGUUUACGAGUUCAAUGCCCAUCUGCUCAGCAAGAGCCACCAAUAGCAGCCACAGUUUGGCGGCAACUGAUAGUUGCCAGCCACAUUAAAAAACAAAACAAAAAACAUUUAUCUAAAUGCAAUAUAUAGCUCAAACUGAGUCGGAUGAAGGAGAACAAAUAUAACACACUAGUUUAAAGUUGAUUAACAAGAAUUUUUACAAAAAGAAGUAAUGAACAAUGAGAGCUACGUAGUUACCUAAUCCCACACAACGAGAAGAAUUCAGUUACAAAUUCUUCCAAUGAGAAAUCAAACAUUUAAGCCCCAUACCCAAAUCCUGUUAUGUAGUCUUAAUUAAUGCAAAUUUUUUAGUCUGUAGUCUUUGGUGUAUAUAUAGGAGAUAUACAUAAAUAGGAAGGAGAAACGAAGCUGAGUAAAAGAAAAAGGCAAUAAAUUUAACAGCCAGUUUAACUGGCAGCUAAGCUUACGUCAUACGUAAAGCGACAGUUUUUAGUGCAAGUAGGCGACGCCAGAGGGCGCCUCAAAGGCGUCGCAAGGUUUUUAAACUAGGCAUUUCACACACAUACAUAUACAAACAGCUAGACAAGCAUAUAUACAUGCAUAUACAUGCAUAUAUAUAUAUAUAUAUAUAGAAGUCUGUGCACUCUUUUGUCCAUAUACUCCACAUAUGACCAUAACUAAGGGCUUUCAAUUUGUUAUGUUUUUCAGAGUUUAUCUAGAG